CCGUUACUGAUAAAUGAAGAAAACUGCGUUAUUCUGGGAUAAGACCACUCUACAUAAUUCGAUCUUUGUACGUAUAAGAUCUUGGUGUCUUCCGCUUAUAAUUGACUCCUCACUAGCAAUAAUCUCUCAUACGAUUUUUAUAAAUUGUUUCACACAUUUUACGUACAUCUGAAAUUAUUUAUGGCCGAGGACCUGCCUUAUCGAGGUGCCUUCCAAUCAGCACAAUCAGUUUUCAUGCAUUCGCGAGCUCAUUCCAAGAAUAGACUCAUCCUUUGCUUUUCAGACAAAACCGCUGCUAAAUUAAAUCUGUUAAUUGACAGUGUCGCUCCGGAUACUCAUACUUGUAUACAGGUAUAAAGAGAAACCAGUUUGUUUUGUGAAUUCGACACGUGAGCUCAACAGUUAAAAGAUGUGUCGGUCAAGUAUCGUAUUUUGGUGCUACGUGUUUCUGCUUGGUGCUUCGUCCUCGGACUCCCUGGGAUAUUCUACGAACGACAACGAGCGGAGGGGCAACCAGACGACGCGGUAUGAUCUCGUAAACUCCACGAAAGACCGAGACGACGAAAUGCAGCCGAUACUGUACAACUUGCGUGAAAAUUCUACCAAGAAUGACGACGACGUGCAACAUGCGUCUCGUGUCAAUUCUGAUGAUUCGGCGCGAUACAAGUAUCACGGGCACAUUAUGACGUUCCACAAGGAGAACGAUCAGAUGUUCAUGGAAUCCCGCGCGAAUCCUGCAGGGGUCGACGACGAGAUCUAUUCCAUGUUGCAGGCGUUUAACGAGAAUGUCACAAAGACCGACAGAGAGAAUAAUUCCAUGUCGUACGAGUUACACAGAAAUUUCAAUACAGAUGACUAUAACGAUACUAGGGUCAACAUUACUUCAUACGAAGCAUGUGACAACGAGACCUGCAUUCAGCUCUGCUGCCCUUACGGCGAUCGUCUAACGUCGGAGAAGAAGUGUAUCGCUGGACGAGGCAAUUACUAUUUUCCAGCCGUUUACCGGAACGAUUCCGGGAGUAAGAGGCUGAACGAAUUAUUUCAACUGACCGUCCGCGAUCCGUGCGUUCUACAAGGAAGCGCACAUCGCGUUCUUAAUCCCAAGGAGUACUUGUUUUUCGUCAACGGUUCGUUGUAUCAAGAUUCCGACAAGAUCGUCUCAUCGACGUCUUACUGCCUCGGCGUCUUGGAUCGGGACAUUUACGACGCGGUCGUUUGCCUGGAACAGAUUGGCUUUCCAACAUAUAUAUCCGUAUGCCUUCUAGUGUCCUUGCCGUUCCUGCUGUUGACGUUUGUGGUAUAUUCCAUAUUGCCGGAGGUCCAAAACAUACACAGCUGCACGUUGCGUGUACACGUCGCCUCGUUAUUCAUCUCCAACCUGCUUAUAUUUUGCAUUCAAGAAGUCCCUGAAUUAUCUGAAUGGAAAUACUGCAUCCCACUGGCCUACAUUUUUAAUUUCUCAAUGUUGUCGGGUUGCUUUUGGUUGAACGCAACAUGCUUCGACAUUUGGUGGACAUUCAAAAAGCUCAAUUUGCACCAACCAAACAUAAGGAAAAAGAAAAGGAAAUUCCUGAUGUACUCUAUCUAUGCAUGGGGAGUCACCUUCGGCCUGAACGUUGCCUGUGUCAUCAUGGAUUACGCUCCUGGCAUACCGAAAAACCUGAUUCGACCGGAAAUGUGCGAGAAAAAAUUCUGGCUCGGGGAAAAAGCGCUAACGGUGUAUUUUUACGGACCCACGGGCGCCGCUUUUAUUAGCAACGUUUGCUUCUUCUUCGGCACGGCACUAGCGAUUCUGUACCAUAAUAAACAUACCGCCCAUCAGCUGAGAGACUCGGAGAGCCGGCGCUACGAUAGAAAAAAGCGCAAGUUUGGUAUGUAUCUGAAGCUGUUCACUGUAAUGGGAAUAAGCUGGAGUAUGGGUAUAAUAUUGUGGUUGAUCAGUGCCAACAAUUCCAUACCGCAGAUCAUCUGGGAUGUUAGCUACACGAUAGACAUCUUGCAAGGCGUCAUUAUUUUUGCUAUAUACGUGUGCAAAAAGAAAAUCGUGCGGCUGUUGAUAAAACGAUUCGGUUGGCAGACUCGCGGGCCAUUUUGGGACAUUUCAACGAGUAGCAAUCAUACUAGGACAUCCUCGAAAGUGUCCUCCUUAUCAUCGCUAUCGGAUACAUUGCCCAUGCAAAACAUCAAUCCCUCUAUCAAUCAGCAGAUUAAUCAUGUUGAAUACAAUGUAACAUCGUAAUUGAAUUCUCCAGUCAAGGAUUCAUUUUAUAUUAUUACGUCUCGAUGUCCCUUUGGAGACGAUGACUGUAUAUAUUUGCAGAAUAUUUUAUAAAGAAUAUUCCUACAGGUUUUUGUAAAAGUUUGCAACGUCAUACCAAUAACUAGCGCGGUAAGAAUAUUUUAUAACAUUAUUUGUGAUUGAAAUUAUCGAAAGUAAUUAUCGAGUUUACGUUUAUAUAAAAUUUUUCAUGAUUCUCUCUUUAAAUAUCGACAUCGGCAUGUUAUAGCUUACCGUAUAUUUUCAACACAGGUUUAGAUUUUGCAAAUACAACUAAUCAGUUGCAUAAAUUUCUUUCUUAACGCACAGAUAUCACGGACAAAAAAUUGAAUGUUAUAACGUGGCCUUAAAUCCAAACUUUCGAAAAUUGACAGAGUAGGAGAAUGUAAUUGGCAAGCACACUGCUCUAUCUAAAAUACCGAGAAUUUCGAGAAAGAGAACGAGAGAAUGAGAUGAGGAUUAAAAUGAUGCUUUAGCGAAUAACUUUAUAUUUAUUUAUUUUACUCAAAUGGAAGGCAAUCGAUAAAUUUGCAACAAAUAAAAAUAAAUAACACUCUCUCUAGCAAUAAUUACGUGAUCGUUACUUAAGAGUAUUUCAUUACAAUAAAUUCAAUGAUACUUAA